AAAAAAAAUAAGAAUGUUUAUAUAUCGCUCUCUCUGUGGGGGGAAUCAAUGUUAGAACUGGACUGUUGGAACUGCCUUCUCUCUUUAAACUCACCACUGAAUCCCCACUCAAACAAACUCAUUAGCUUUCUGUUCCACUGGCGGAUGGAUGUCUUAACAUUUCGCAUGGCUGUUUUAUACCCUUUGGGUAGCCUAUUGCCAUUGGACGCUGGAUUAAACUUUGUACGCUGUAUUUUAGGUUUUCUUCAGUCCUUUGUUUGUGCUUGAACAAUCGAUUACAAUGAUGUUGCGUUUAGGUUUUAGAAACUGACAUUGUUGACCUUAAGUAUUUGCCAGUUUAUCUUGCAUUGGUCUUUCAUGAGGAGGGCCAGUGUCACCAACAGAUGGUACUAGUACAUAAAGUAUAGGCACGUGUUUGGUUCUAGGGCUCCUCAGUGAUGGGAUAGAGGGUACUCAAUGAAAAUAGAGUAGGCCCAAUUACACACAUGGUAAAGGAGCUGGAAAGAAAAUACAUGAUCAUGAAAGGAAAGUCAAUGUCCACUCACUCUUACAUUGUUGAUAUAGUAAAAACAUUGCAGCAAAAACAGUGAAAGAAAAUGUAACUUAUAUUCCGAGCAGAUAUCCUAACCCUGUAUGAUUGAACGCUGAACUGUUGUGUGCUUGAAAGAGCACAAUGAAUGAGUAUAUAGAUCUGUGUAUAUGAGUCACUUGUGUUUAGAGCUGACCUUUCCAUUGCUGCAGAAGCGUUUGCUUCAGACAACGUUCUAGACUUGUAUUCUAAUGGCCUUGGAUCUGAUUUUGUGAAGAACUGUGGGCUCACUGUUAUUGUAGUUCACGCUUACCCUCUCACUGGAAGUAAAUGUUUCAGCUUUCGGCUUUGUUGUGAUGCUUCGGUGCCCAGCAAGUACUGUCACAAUGAGUGACAUAUCUUAAAUUAGCAUUUAWUAUACCUCCCAGUUCAAACAGCCAAGCUAUGCCUGUAUUAAUAAGGAWAUGUUGAAGCUCCAAUUGAAAAGUAUUUGUUUUGUGGUCAAAACUGACAGUAUGAAAGAUGGACGUACACACCAAAUACCUGAGAUGGCAGUCACCAAUUAAGAUUCCUGUCUUUGUAGCAAUUAUUUAUUUAAGUUAUGUUCUAAGCUCUGUCUAAGUUUAUUACAUCUUGUGAUAUGAUAUACAAAAUUAAUAGCCAAUUAUGAUGAAAAUCAUACAGACCAAAUAUUUUUUACCACUUAUUUUCAUUUUGUUUACAAUAGUUUUUUUUUAUUUACAAAAUAAAUAUUUUGUAGUGUGCUGUAUAUUUUUUCUGUUUCUAUUUUACAUUUCUCUUGCAUUUGAGUGUUUUACGUUUGGAGGCUGAUAGGUUUUUUUGUUUUGUUUUUGUUUUACCUUAGUGAAGGUAGCUAGUGAUCAGCUGAGAGCUUCUUAUGGCAUAGACCAUAUUUGGGAGAUAUUCAACGACUAUCAAAACAGUGAUUUUUUUUAAACAAUUUUUAUCUGACUUUAAUAUGAUUCAUUUAAGUAGUGUAUUUUUAUUUGUCGAUUUGUAUUUAUUUAUUAACAAACAUAUUGCUGUCUUUAUACUGAUGUUAUUUGCCCUGCUGAAAAAAUAUAUUUUGAAAUGCCACUGAUCCUGAAUUGGUCGUUUGAAACAUUACCUUUUUUUUWAUGCUUAUUGUAUUGAUAAUACACCUUUUCCAAAAUAUCCAUUGUGUUUUGUGAACUUUUUGGUAACCAAAAAUCUGCAGGUAACACAGCUAGUGUACUUAAGCAAAGUAUAUUCCUAACUGUGUAUGUGUAAUAGCCGUGGAAGUGAUGUUGGAUUUUUGCUUUGACCGGUCAGCCAUGGCAUCUCUUAUUGAGUAGUAGCACAGGGCUGCCUGUCCUGCAAAAUACAAUACAGCACAGCCAUGGUAAGAGUCCAUCUGCACUCAGCAAACACCACUGUUUGUGUGUCUGUCUAGGGUACCCCAAUCCCAUCACAAUUUUAACCCUGUACUCUAGGACUGACUUUUGAAAAAGAACAGAAUAAUUUAAAGUCAUACCAAAGGUUUUUAUAAAUAAAACUAAAGCUAAAUAAAUAGCUUUUCUAUACAAUUUGUGGUUCUCUAAUAGUAAGCAUGAUCACUCUCCCACUUGUGUAGAGCGAUCUCCAGUGGUAUAAAAAAUGUCAGCAGGUCCCUGUCCCUUUACCGCCCUCUGUGGUUGUUCUCAUGUCAUAAUGUCCUCCUAGAAACGGUUGCUAACAACUCUGUAGAAAGAGGGGAGCAGACAAACGCGUCGACAUUGAAAGUGGUAUCAGUGGCUAAUUGCGCGAACUACAUUUUUUUUUCAGUUCCUGCAGAGUACAAUUUAAACCAUGCCUCGAGGAAGAUCAGCCACCAGUGUCCACUCUGACGGCAGUGACAUGGAUAUUGAUGGAAUAGCGGAAACAGAGAUGGGAAAACUGCAAAGACAGUUCCGGAUCAUGGGGGGAGACCGGCUGGCCUACAGCAUCCAGUCUCAAGAUCACAUACGCAGACAGCGGCAGGAGAUAGAGAAGCUUGAGAAGGAACAGGAGGAGCUACAGCGUAGUCUCUGUGUGUCUGAGAGCCUAUCCCAGCGGCAGCGGGACAGUGAGGAUGCCCAGACCCUGCGCUCCAUGCUGGAACAGAGGGACGAGGUGGGGGACGAGGUGGAGAGGGAGAGGCAGAGUCAGGCAGAGCUGGAGCAGGAGAUCUCCAGCAUGGAGAGAAAGCUGACAGAGCUGAGGAGAGGCGAGGUCACUGCUACUCUCAGCCAAAAGUCCCAGUCCCGACAAACUCAGAAGGCGUCACGCACCCUGGAGAACAAACUGGAUAGAGCCCUCAUUCGCUUCAACGAGCAGCUGACUAAAAACAGCCACCUGAGAGAGGACCUGGAGACUCUGCGUGUGGAGCGGGUCCGGUUCCAGCAGCUCCAUCGCAGACUGGACAAGGAGCUGCAGGAGAUCCGGAAAGACAUCGGAGAUAUGGUCAGCCUCUCCACUGCUGCAUAUGAUGUCAGGGUGGAGGCCCAGUCUAAGAUGAUCAUGAUGAGGGAGAAGGCAGUAAAGGACCUGUCUCAGUACAGCGCUGAAAUGAAGGAGCUGGAGAGGGUAAUCGCACACGAACGCCGCCUCAAAGAGUUCAUGACCACCAAGUGCAGUGAGAGGAGUGGCCAGGAUGAGGGGCAAGAACUGGGCCGCAGGCAUGCGUCAGAGUUGAAGGAACAGAGGAGGAUGGACUCUGGGGAGGAGUCAGUGGACACACUGGAGGAAGUCUUCCACGGGAUCCAGAAUAUCACAGGAGAGGAAGACCUGGACAUGCUGGUCACCAGGUUCAUCCAAGUCGAGGAUCAGAACUUUGCCCUCUUCAACUAUGUGAAUGAGCAAAACAACGAGGCUGAAGCUUUGAGGGACCAAAUUAACCAGACCCAGAGGGAGAUGGAGCAGUUUAAUGUGACGGGGCAGCAGCAGAAGCAGGAGCACCAUGCUUUGUUGAGAGACAUUGAUCAGCAACAGAGAGACACAGAGUCUCAGGCACACGAGAAUGAAGUCCUGGCCAGCGCUGUGAGCAAGAUCCUGGACCAGAUAAAGACAGGAGUGAACAGUGUGUUCCAUAAGAUGGACUGUGAUCGCUCAGUGGUGGAGGACUUGCUGGGCUCGUCCUCUGGCAUCCGGGAGAACAACAUCAUGACCUACCUGGGUCUGGUGGAGCAGAGGACCAACCAGCUGCUCACCAUGCAGGCCUUCCUCAACUCCAGGGAUCUUGAUAAGGAGUAUGACCCAAAAGACCUUGCCCYAUUUCUACUAGGUCAGAACCCUGAGGUUCCCAGACAAAAUAUCAUCAUACAGCCUCCUGUCACUGGGGAUGACUAUGACACAGAGGAGUCUCCUCUCACUGAUGAGGAAGAGCGGCCUCUCUCCCAGGGAGAACUACGCCAGAGAAUCAUGAAAGGGGUCCUGCUAAAGGAGGGAUCAGUGCGUCACGCAGGAGCAAGGAGAAAGAUGAGUGUUCCGUCCAACAGCCAUCCGCGCUCCCUAGAGGCCUGAGAGGAGCGGCACACAAGGAGACAGAUAUAUCCAGAUGGUUUUGUCUAGAAGAGAUACAGCUUGGUCAAAAUGUACGCAGCCGUUUAGGAGAAUUCAUGCAGCAGUUUAGGAGAAUUAAUGCAGGAGUUUAGGAGAAUUGAUGCAGGAGUUUAGGAGAAUUAAUGCAGGAGUUUAGGAUAAUUCAUGUAGCAGUUUAGGAGAAUUAAUGCAGGAGUUUAGGAUAAUUCAUGUACAGUUAGGAGAAUUAAUGCAGAGUUUAGGAUAAUUCAUGUAGCAGUUAGGAGAAUUAAUGCAGGAGUUUAGGAAAUUAAUGCAGGAGUUUAGGAGAAUUGAUGCAGGAUUUAGGAGAAUUGAUGUAGCAGUUUAGGAGAAUUAAUGCAGGAGUUUAGGAGAAUUAAUGCAGGAGUUUAGGAGAAUGAAUGCAGGAGUUUAGGAGAAUGAAUGUAGCAGGUUAGGAGAAUUAAUGUGGCAGGUUAGGAGAAUUAAUGUAACAGGUUAGAAGAAUUAGGUUACGGUUAGGAUAAGGGUUAGUAUUAGGAUUAGCCAAAAAAUAAAUCUACUUUUGAUGUCAAUUUGAUAAAAGCUAUAUCCCAUCUAGAUGUGACCUUUCUAGCCACCCCCACCCGAUGAAGGACCUCAUCCUAGGAAGAAUAGCAGAUUUUGUUUUCUAGUGUUAUCACCUGAAUUUCAACCAUGAUCAAAUGACCAAAUGUCACCAUUUUAGUUCUGAUUUAAUAUAUGGUAGAUAGUAUUACUUGUACUUCUAUAUCUCCUUUUUAAUAAUAUGAUGCUGCAUCAUUACGGUCUGUUACAAUAUAAGUGUGAUUUGUUUAGCUUGAACUAAUUAGGUUAGGAGAUAUAAAGACUUCUCUCAGUCUGGCAGCCAGCUGGUCUUUUGAUGUGUCA